CUCACCACCACAAAGCUACUACAAGCCAGGAACCUCCAGGCGCACGAUUAAUGGGCUCUUAAGAUUUGAUCUUUGAAUACCUUCAGAUCUGUGUCCGCAUCUCACCACGACGCCCGCCCGCUCGCGCACCAAAACCAUCACCACCAUGGCCGAAGACGCAGGCCUCCCCUUCGCCCAAGCCCUCCUCCAACGCGCCUUCUCCCCCUCCACCGCCGAAUCCCACUACAACACGCGCAUCACCAAGCGCCCUCUCCCCAUCCGACCCACAUCCCCCACACCCUCCGCACGCGCAACCCGGCGCCUGGCCCUCAACGCACGCAAAGAAAACGCCCGCAAACGAACCCAGAAACCACGACCCCUCUCCGCCGCCCAGAAGCGCAAACUCAACCUCACCGAGAUCCCCAAGGAGCAGCAAAAAUACGCUAUAUACGAGCCUCUUCAUACUCUCUGGACAGGCUACGUGCGCGAGAUCCUCGGCCUGGGCGCGCACAAGGCGUACGUGACGCCUGCAUCUGCGGGGCAGAUGCUGGCGAGUGCGGAUAUGCACGGCGCGGCGCUGCGGGUGGUGCGCAGUCGGUGCGUGAGCCGCGUUGGGCUGGAGGGGAUUGUGGUGCGGGAUUCGCGGUACACGUUUGAGAUUGUGACGAGGGGGGACGUGGUGAAGUGUGUGCCUAAGGAGCAUACGGUGUUCCGGUUUGAGGUGCCGGUGUUGAGUGAGGGAGGGGAGGGCGAGGAGAAGCCGCUGGUGUUUGAGAUUCGUGGGGAGGAAUUUCAGACGAGGGCGCCGGAUAGGGCGAAUCGGAAGUUCAGGUUACAUUAUCAGCCGGAUGUGUGAGGGACGGUAGGAUUGGUAGGAAGACUACGCGAGCAUUGCUGGACGUCACAUGAAGAGCUGCCACUAUUGUCUCAGGUCCUCAUCUAUCAACGACGGACGACAGCACCAAAACUCUCGAGACGUUUGUUCUACUGCAAAAGUCUACCCAAACGCCGGUGUCAC